CUUUGGCCAGGGAGCACCUCCGUGCUUUUUCCUCUUGCUUUUCUUUCGAAAACCUUCUUUCCCUUCCUGACACAACAGUCUCUUUCUUGCUUCAUCCACCCCAUUCUCGCUGCCUUCCACCUUCCGCCUCCCUUCCGUAAGUAAAUCUGUCUUUAAGCAAAAUCGUUUCUCAACCCGACAGGACAGAUCACUAACUCUCAUUGCCACUGCGGCCUAGUCUUUCAACCUGGCGGAUUGUUGCAUUCUACGAUCUGUUUGCCCUUAUCUCUGCCUUUUCCCUCACUAACGUCUUUACGUAUCGCGCGCUUAAUCAACGACGGAACGAUCAACGACCCGAAAAGA